GGCGAGAGUGGUCUUGGCCAUGAACUCCUCCAGAAGAAGGAGGCAGGAAGCAGUAGGGCCCAGGGCUAGAAGGGCUCACAGACCCCGAGAGCAGGACCGAGACGUGCAACUGUCCAAGGCUCUGUCCUACGCCCUGCGCCACGGGGCCCUGAAACUGGGGCUUCCACUGGGGACAGACGGCUUCGUGCCCCUGCGCGCCCUCCUGCAGCUGCCCCAGUUCCGCAGUUUCUCAGCUGAAGACGUGCAGCGUGUGGUGGACACCAAUGGGAAGCAGCGGUUUGCUCUGCAGCCUGGGGACCCCAGGACUGGCCCUCUCAUCCGGGCCAAUCAGGGCCAUUCCCUGCAGGUCCCUGAGUUGGAGCUGAUGCCUCUGGAGACACCGCAGGCCCUGCCCCCUGUGCUGGUCCAUGGAACAUUCUGGCAGCACUGGCCAUCCAUCCUGCUCAGGGGCCUGUCUUGCCGAGGAAGGACGCACAUUCACCUCGCCCCAGGACUGCCUGGGGACCCUGAUGUCACCAGUGGCAUGCGGCCCAAUUGCGAAGUGGCCGUGUUCAUCAAUGGACCCCUGGCCUUGGCAGAUGGAAUCCCCUUCUUCCGCUCCGCCAAUGGGGUAAUUCUGACUCCAGGGAAUGCUGAUGGCAUCCUGCUUCCCAAGUACUUCAAGGAGGCCUUGCAGCUCCGCCCUACCCGAAAGCCCCUCUCCUUGUCUGGUGAUGAAGAGGGAGAGUGUCAGAGUGGCCCCGAGCACAACCUCAGAGAAGGACGGAUGGUCCAGCAAUAAAACAUUUAUUUAUAAAAUAAAAAAAAUAAUAAUAAAAAGCCAAAAAGACACUCCAGUUUGAAAACAUGGGCCAUCAUCUUGUA